UAUUUUCAACGAAAUGGGAAAACGGAUAAAGGAACCAGUAAAAGGCGGCGACGUUAAGAUUAUCUUCAAUGAUCUCGCAUUGACUAAAUUUCUAGAUGUGUUGUCGAUCUUUUCAACAUCAACGACCGAACCAAGGUUAUCGCCAACUAAUUAUGCUUCAAGUUCUAAAUAUGAACAGUCUGACAUUUUAACAAGGUAUCCAUCUAGUGUGAUUAAAGUUCAGAGACACUCUGAUGACAGCGUUAGUCUGGAGAUACCAGGCGGUAUGCUGGAGCACGAGGAAGAUAAAUUGGUCUGUGAUUUGCGACAAAGAAAAUGGAGUACCUGUAUUUGUAACGACCUCAUUGCUGACGCUGAGGCCGAGAAAGACACGGCCAGUACAACACCGUCACCCACAGAAACAGAAGCGGUCACUGUCAUUGAGCCAAUGGCCAAAUAUUCUGAACCCAAAAUGGUAACGCAAAUAAAACCUGAGGUGGACUCUGAGAAAGAACUGAAAAAGGAAACAGAACACUCGUCAAGUAAACAGCUCAUAGUUACACACACUGCUACUGCCAGCGCCGUGAAAACUGACAAUGAAAUUCAGCACAACACUGACCUACAGGGUACUGUCAGGAAUGAGAAACAGAGCUCUGAAGACCAAAAUCCUAUUGAGAUUGAUAGGGAAAACUGUCCCAUUUAUACCAGCAAUAAGAGACAGAACUUUGGUCCACAGGUUAAUAGCGAUCCAGUCAAAACUGCUGUUGUGACCUCAGGCAUUGCACCAUUUGCUCACAUAUAUGGUACCAGAAGGAAAGCAGCAGUGCUCCAUACUAGGACUGCAAAAGCUGUAAAGAAAGUAAACGCCAGACAGGGUCAGAAAGGAGGAGAAAAUUCAAGUCGCCCAGUGAAGCCAACAAAAUCAGUUCAAUGUAAACUGUGUACAAAGAGCUGCAAGCAUCUGGAGGCGUUAAACUUCCACAACCAGCGUUACCAUCAGGACCAUCCCCAAUAUGAAGAGUAUGAAAGAGAAAUAAAAGAACAGCUCAAUCUGAAAUGUCACAUCUGUGGAAAGACUUUCAGCAUGCGUCGAAUCUAUCAGACUCAUUUGAAGCAAGCUCAUGUUCCAAAAGAGUUGUGUGGACAACACGAGUGCAGAGAGUGCGGGAAGACGUACCGCAGACAGGAUUUACUGGAGGCUCAUAUUCAAAGAGUUCAUGUUGUGGACAGGCACCUGUGUCAUCUCUGUGUCAAGUCAUUUAAAACCAAACAGUCUAUGAAGGAACACAUUAAUGACUGUCAUCUGAUGAAGAGACAGUUCCAAUGUGGUAUCUGCUACAAGGUGCUGGCAUCAUCAAGGGUUCUGAGGCGACAUCUAGCUUUGCAUUCAGGUAAGAAACCUCACGCCUGUCCGGAGUGCGGCAAGAGUUUCAACUGCAAGCAGAACAUGCGCCGUCACCGCAGCCUAGUCCACGGAGAAACCAAACAAAUCCCGUGUUCCAAAUGCGGCAAAACGUUCCGUUCCGAGGACUCCAUGAAAGCGCACGUGCGCAAAAUCCACGAGCACGCGAGCACGUACAAAUGUCCACUUUGCAGCGUUGCACUCCACCGACGAACGCAGUACGUCAGUCACUUGGCGAAGAAGCACCCUGGGAGCACAAGGCGUGUGUAUGUGACAGACUCGCAGGGUGCUUUGAAAAGCAUAAAUGUGGAGACAGGGGACGGGUUUCGCAUCGUUGGUAGUGAUGCCUGGAGAAUGGAGAAAGAGGGAGAGGAGGAAGGGAGGUGUGAUCAAGAUGGCAGCGAGGACGAGGAAGAGACAGAGGCACAUAUUACACUACCAGAUCUCACCCCUGUGUUCGGGUUUAAGCCUCACUUCUUGACCCUGGAGCAGUAUCAGAAUCUACAGGCACAGAAAGCUGCUCUGACUGCCGGAGAAAAGACUAAGAGCGGCGGUUCAACUAAUAAAGUGGUCCCACAUGCUGAAACUGUGAUAGAGGAAAACGCGUCUCUCAUCACUCAAAAAUAUGGCAAGGAUGGGGUGAUAUUUGUUGCUAGCCCCAGCAACCAAGUAACUAGUAUUAAAGAAAAAGGCGAACUUGUUAAAUUGGUCUAUAUUCCAAAAGACAACUCGGCUUUAUAGUGUCGACUUGGUGGUGUUGUGAUAUAUUCAUAGCUUCUGACUUUCUACUAAGUUGUUUUGGAAUAUUUUGAUAUUUCAUUGCUAUAAUUCGCUCGCUAGCGGUCAGCGUAGCACAAAACAUCAGUGUAACAUAUGAUGUUCUGAUUCAAAUAAACAAUUUUAUCCAAGUUUAAAUAGGUUUAAUUAGUUUCGUUACUUGUCUUCUAUCGUUUUUUUUUUCUUUUUCUAUUUUGUACGCUUAUAUAAGCAUGCAUGACA